AUGCAUCACCAGCAACAGCCUUCCUACGGCGGCUAUCCCGGCCAGUCGUACCACCUGCAGCAGCCUCAGCAACCACCGCAGAACCCCUAUGGUUACAGCCAUUCUCCCCAGCCGCCGCAGCCCUACGGAUCCCCUGCCCCGCCUCACGGUUAUAGUGGACCUCCGCCGCCUGGAUACCAACAACCGCCCAGUGGUCCGCCGAUGUACCAGAACCAUCCACCAGCGAAUUACGGUCCCCCUGGUGGUGGCCGUGGUGGCCCGGCCCCUCCGCCAACUGCCCCGGUCUCGUUCGGACAUGGCGCUCCGCAGGGUUAUAACUUCCAGUAUUCGCGUUGUACCGGUAAGAGAAAGGCGCUGUUGAUCGGUAUCAACUACUUCGGCCAGAAGGGUCAGCUGCGCGGAUGUAUCAACGACGUUAAGAACAUGUCGAGCUACCUGAACCAGAACUUCGGUUACGCGCGCGAGGACAUGGUCAUUUUGACCGACGACCAACAGAAUCCCAUGAGCCAGCCGACCAAGGCUAACAUUCUCCGCGCCAUGCAUUGGUUGGUCAAGGAUUCGCAGCCCAACGACUCGCUAUUCUUCCACUACUCCGGCCACGGCGGACAAACACCAGACUUGGAUGGCGACGAAGAUGAUGGAUACGACGAGGUGAUCUAUCCCGUGGAUUUCCGUGUUGCUGGCCACAUUGUCGACGACGAGAUGCACCGAAUCAUGGUCCAGUCGCUGCGGCCCGGCGUGCGUCUGACCGCGAUCUUCGACUCCUGCCACUCUGGCUCCGCCUUGGACCUCCCCUACAUCUACUCCACCUCCGGUGUGCUCAAGGAGCCCAACCUGGCCAAGGAAGCCGGCCAAGGUCUCCUCGGUGUGGUGUCGGCGUACGCGCGUGGCGACAUGGGUGGCAUGAUGUCCACUGCCAUGGGAUUCAUCAAAAAAGCUACCAAGGGCGACGAGGCAUACGAGCGUACACUGAAGACCAAAACCAGCCCUGCAGAUGUUAUCAUGUGGUCUGGCAGCAAGGACGAUCAGACCAGUCAGGAUGCCCAGAUUGCCGGUCAAGCUACCGGAGCCAUGUCGUGGGCCUUCAUCGCUGCUCUCCGAAAGAACCCUCAGCAGAGUUACGUUCAAUUGCUGAACAGCAUUCGUAAUGAGCUGUCAUCCAAGUAUACUCAAAAGCCGCAGUUGAGCUGCAGUCAUCCCCUGGACACGAACCUUCUUUAUGUGAUGUAA